AUGGACAUAAAUCUGUCCCACAAUAAGAUCGGUGGAGUUUUGCCGGCAUCCUUGGAGAGUAUGGCCACCUUGAUGCUCUUGAAUUUGAGCUCCAAUCUCUUUCGAGGUCGCAUUCCUGUUUUGCCACCAAACCUACAAGCGCUGGACUUGUCCAGCAAUUCUUUGUCGGGAUCGCUACCCUCGACCAUCUCAUCACAGUUGGGCUACCUGUUCCUCUCCCACAACUAUCUUCAUGGAAGCAUACCGUCGUCCUACGUCUGCGACCUGCAGCAACUUUAUGCCCUUGAUCUAUCCAACAAUCAAAUAUCAGGAGAAAUCCCGCGUUGUCGGCCGGAGGGAUCACAACUUUUGUUUGUCAAUCUGGCGAACAACAAGCUACGAGGAAAGAUUCCUGACUCCAUCGGAAACUUGGGCAACCUUCAGUUCCUUCACUUAAACAACAACAGCCUCUUCGGACGUAUUCCUUCGUCGCUGAAAAAUUGCAGUCGGCUGGCUGUCAUUGAUCUCGGCAACAACAAAUUCUCGGGAAGUAUUCCAGCGUGGAUCGGACAAAGUUUACGGAAUCUGCAAGUACUCCUACUGCGCUCAAAUAUGUUUUCGGGCCAUAUUCCUCUGCAACUUGGACGAUCUAGUAAUCUUCAAAUCAUCGAUCUCUCCAACAACAGACUAUCGGGAUCGGUACCGCACUCUUUCGGCAACUUCAGCGCGAUGAUCUCCGCGUCAAAGUCGAUGGCUUCUACGGUUUCGAACAUUAUGAAUUUUGCGUUAUCCUCUUUCGUGGCAAGCGAGAGUAUAUCUCUGGUUACCAAGGGCGAUGAGUUCAGCUUCUCCACCAUUCUCCGAUUUGUGAAGAGCAUAGAUCUUUCGAACAAUGAUCUGAGCGGAGUGAUUCCUCCGGAAAUCGGUUCUCUUUUUGCGCUUCAAACAUUGAAUUUGUCGAGAAAUAGUUUUGAAGGCAUGAUUCCGAAAACAAUGGGCGCUAUGAAGUCAUUGGAAACUCUGGACCUAUCAUUCAAUAAGUUAUCCGGAGUCAUUCCUCAAAGCUUUUCGGCGCUGAAUUCUCUGAGCCACUUGAAUCUGUCUUAUAACAAUCUAUCGGGAGCGAUUCCAUCGGGGAAUCAACUUCAGACGCUGGAUGAUGCAUCCAUUUAUAUCGGAAAUGUCCAUCUCUGUGGACCUCCGGUGACCAAGAGUUGCUCCGACGAUCCCAACGUCGAUUCGACGGAAGAGGAGUACGAACAAGGAUCUCAUGUGCUGUCAUUUUACUUUGGUACCGGGCUCGGAUAUUUGGUCGGCUUAUGGAGUGUGUUCGUGGUCAUGCUGUUCAAGAAAGAUUGGAGGCUCUUCUAUUUUGCAACGGUGGACAAGAUGUACGACAAAGCGUAUGUGGCAGUCAAGAUAAGAAUGCGAAAUUGA